AUGUAAAAAAAACUACUUUUUAUUACUGCAAUUAUUUUGCUCAUUUCUUUCAGCUAAUCAAAGCCUGAUCGUAAUUUAAGAAAUAUCUUAAGGUGUUUUUCUUAAAUAGGUGAUACAAUAAAAGAUAUCACUACUCUAGUCGCCACUAUCCAAGAGAAAAAGGACAUAUCUGCUGUACUUAAAUCUAUAGGAGAUGUUUCUAGUUAAAUAAGGCCAUUGAUGUAUGAAUGCUCAAAUCCAAUUUGCUUAAUUGAUGCUCAGAAAAGAUGUGAAGAAUCAACAGGAAAAUCUUGCGAAUAAUAUGGUGCUAUUAUGUAUCCUAAAUGUGAAGAGGGUUUCUACAAUGUAGGUUGCUGUUUGUGCGAAUCAUCAUGUCCUCCUGGAUUCAGAGACGAUGGAUUAUUUUGUGCUAAGCCUGAGGCUUAUGGAAGGGGCGCUGCUCCUGACUGUCCAUCUGGAACAACUGAUAUUGGAGUUUCUUGUACAAAACCCGUUUAUGGUAGAGGAGUUGGUUAUCCAAUGUAAUAUGAUGAUUGUUAAACCUAAUCAUCAUAAAAUAGUUACCAAUUAUCAUAAAAUAAAGAUUCUUCAGAAUAUCUAUCACUUAAUACUGAGUAGUUGAAAGAUAAAAUCUUAGAAUACUCCUAGAAAUUCAUGCAAAAUAAAGAAAACAAAGACUUGUCAGUUAAGUUUGCUACAGAAUUAUCAAAGUUGAUGGCUGCAUUAGAGGUCAAAUCUUCUAAAAAAUGA